AUGACGUACAAGAUUCUCACUGAGGACGACAAGAUCAUCCAUCGGGCUGUCGCUAGAACAGCAAGACUAGGCAACGAAUUCACCAAUUGGAAGGCGGAUGCACAGGCACCCAAGCUUGCGCCCAAACCCAAGCCAUUUGUGGACGGACCACCCUCAAAGACCAUCGAAGGAGGUAUUGAUCUUGGGGAGACCCAGAACGCUACAGUGUUCCAUGACGCCAUCCGGCACGAUAUCAGCUCACACCUGAGAGAGGAUGACAUUCUCCAAGGUGGCACACUACCGACCAUUGAUGUGUCAGGCUUGCUCAACCGAACGUUCAUAACCAACCCGGACGACAAUGGGGAGCAGGCAAGAGCCAAGAUUGUCUCUGCGACACCCACAGGUGAGACUGACGCUGAUGGCAAGGAGGCUGUUUUCAGAUUCCGAUGCAAGCAUGGAGACAAGUGUUUCGAUGAGACCAAGGCCUACUCCAAGAUGCUCGAAUGGUGUGACCGUGACCUUGACCUGGACGACAUGUUCAAGAUUGACUCUGUCCAAGACCACAGGCCAUCCAAGACACGCUCCAAGUUUGAGAUCCUUGUUGAAUGGGCAAGCGGAACAACCUGGUUGGUGUGA